AUGCUUAACCCAAAUAGGUCAAAUACGUUCGAGGAGCUUGGAAUCUUCGGCUGCAACUCUUCGUUUCGUUACGCUGAAAUGCCGGACAUUGUCGAGCUGAAGGAUAUGGAACAGUGGCGAAUGAUGGAUUCUGUACGAGAUCUCGCUGUAGAUCGAGAAGAUCAGGAGAGAGCUAUGUUCGAGGAUCACAUGCCUGGACAGGGGCAACGACGUCAGGCAAUAAUACCGUCAGUGCGUCACGUACCUGAGUAA